UCAGACUCGAAGACUGCAGCAAUAACUGAUAAUCUAAAAAGACAUUAGUCAAACAUCUCACCUACGUCCUAAAAAUAAAGACCAGUCCCAUAUUUGAUGGAAUCUGUUGAAUCUGCGGCAGGAAUCUGAUGUAAAUACGUCCAUGUUGUGGCGCGUGCUCAGGUCGUGCUGUUUCCAGGUGAAAGCUGCGGAUAGCAAGCUGCUCCCACACAGACUACAACGAUGUUUUCAACAGCAGAGUCUUGAAAAUGCAGGGAUGAGUGCCCAAUAGAUGCUUUUCUAAAUGACAGUUCUGCAUCUGUCAAGGACCCGAUGACCUACAGCCCUCUAGGAAAUACUGCAGCAUUUUUGUGCAGUUUUUAAAGUGUGGAUGGAUUUUGAUGGAAUAUAUUAUCAAAACAGCAACGUAGAAAUCCAGAGGAAAAAACUGCAAACACUGCUGCACAGAGAAUGGAUUGGACAUUCGAUCAAAUGUCUGUAUUCAGAGUAUAAAUAGAAAUAAAGCUAAAAAGCCGUAAAGAGUCACUGUUCUUCCACAAUCAGCGAGAACAACAGCAGAAAAAGCAAAUGGGCAAUUAAAAUCUUGAACAUCACAGAUCAGGGAAAAAUUGUACCGAGUGACUGACCCUCUGCCUUCUGGCCCAGCGAUGAGUGUCUCUCAGCCCACCGAGGGUUUCCCUGUCAGGGCCAAAACUGGUCCCAGCAUGAGGCUCCCUCUCCACAGCACAGGAGAUCACAACGGGAAUGCUUUCCCAAUUUCCUCUUCCUCCUCCUCUUCGUCCUCCUCCUGUCUGGGGGAGUCCUCUCCUGAAUCACUGCGGAGCCUGAGCAGCCUCAGCGGGGGCCGGACUGACAGCCCACUGGACUACGACAUGUUUGAGGUCACCCUCAUGACGACAGUGACGACCAAAACGGAACAACCGACAGAUGUUGUCGUUUCAAAGUGGGUGCCUGAGGAGGAAGGUAAACCGGACGGUGAUGAUGACGUCUCGGUGGGAAAGAUUCAAACAGUAACAGAGGUGUCAGAAUCCAACGACAACUCUGUGUCUGUUUACGUGGACGCUAACAGCUGCGAGUACCGGCAAGACACCUGGGACGAUAAUGACAACCUGACGCUGGCGUUGUCCCUGACGAUAAACAGCGGCAGCCGCAGCAAUAAUGAUGACCCCAGCAGUGGAAGCAGUAAUGGGAGGAGACACGGCUCCUCAACGCCAGACUCAGAUGCAACAGAAAUACCUGCAGAUGAUGAUGAUGAUAAUGAAGAGGAGGCUUUAUUUCUGUCUGUGAGCUCUGAUGUGGAUGUGCGGAGAAGCAGCAUGACCCUCACAAGCUCAAUCAGUCAGUCCAGCGACAGCACGGUGAACCCUGGAGGCUCUGCUGCGACAACUGAGAUCCACUCAGAGGGGACUUUAGCUGAUGAUGAGACAGUGUUAGAAGAAGUCGGAGUUGUCAGUCCACCUGUGGAAAGCCAGACGGAGCCUCCUGCUUCUGAUGACCGUCAUGAAACCAUCCAGGUAUCAUCUUCUGCCCAUCCAGAUGAAGAUGCCAAGGAAAUUGCAUCUCCUCCUCCUGAGGAAUCUGGAAGCUGUGCAGCGAGCCCUAAACCGCCCAAGCCCAACACCAGUCAGCCCGCCAGGGCAGCAAAAUCCAAACCAUCUCCUGCUGCUGCAACUACUGUCAGGAUGACAGCGUCCACAGCCGUCAAACCGUCCAGUCUGGAGGCAAAAAGAGUUUCCAAAGUGGACCUUAAAGACGUUGAAACUAAAGUACGAUCACGAUCCUACUCGUCUCCACCAAAAACACCCAACCAGAACAAAUUUGCUGCAGCCAAUGGAAAGAGAGCUGCUCCUAGAAAGGAGGAAGCGCAGACUGGGGAUGUGGGUCGAAAGCAGAGGUCGUCCACAGGUCCAGUCAAAGUCGCUGUGCUGCUGAAAUCCAUCAGAGGAAAGAACAGUGACCCCAAAACCAACCACAAGACGGCAGCCAAUGACUCCACUCAGCCAGAGAGGAAGAGUUUGGCCAUCAGUCGAAAUCUCUCUACUUCGACCAGCUCUUUGGGGUCUGAGGUGGUUGAGGAAGGACCCCUGGGCUCUCCCAGGAAGGCUGUCCAGGAAGUGCCUGAUAAACACGAAACAGGACGCGAAGGUGUGGAGAGUAAACAUCCAAGUGAAGAUGCUCACGGGGGAACUGGAAAGGCAGCUGCGGAGAAACCGAGGAACCUCAGCAGGAAAGUCUCCUCCAAGCUGGGGCCCAAUGCCAGGCAGCCGGGGAGAGGAGCCAAAUUGGAGAAGGGACUCUCGGGGCCAGCUCCACCUCCAGGCUCAGGGACCGUACCUCCAGGACAGGGGAGCCUGGGGCCCAAGCAGAGUGAUGGCUCCACGUUGGGAGAGAGUGGACAGAGCGCCGGGGGUGGAUCUCCAACAAGAACGAGGCCGAGCCAAAGUCAGUGCCAGGGUAUCCCCAAACCUCGCACCACCUCAGAGCGAGCAUCUGUUUCAGCUGUCCCGAGUCCUGCAACGUCCAACUCCAAACCAACAGCCAAUCAGCAACCAGCAUCUGGGCCAAUCAGACGACCUGCAGCGCCCGCUGCAUCUAAACUUCCUGUGAAGGGAUUACCCACAAGCCUCAGCUCCUCAUCACUGGGAAGCACUGAGAUCAGUGGAGCUGUGAGCAAAGCUUCUCCAACAUCUCCAGUAGCUCCAGCACCAAGCGGGACCAAGCCAGAUGAGCCGCCCAGCAGAAGCGUACCUCCUGUGGGCAGCCCGAGCACAGCAAAGCCCCUCAUCUCCAACACUGCAGCUCCAGCCAGCACCAGUACUCCCAGUGAAGCAGUUAGCAGUGGUGUCGCUGUUGCUCCAAAGCCUCCUGCAAUGAGGAGCAGAGCUCUGUCACUGCAGGCCAGGACCACUGCGACAGGUCUGAAGGCGCCGACAGUCACCAACCACAACAUCGCCAAGACAGCAGCCGCCAAUCAAACAGCAGCAAAGACUUCUCCCGCUGCCAAUCAGGCGCUGACGAAGCCGGGGUCCCAGUAUCCCCUGCAAAGAAGCGGCUCAGCGAGACUCAGUCGACUGAACAGCACAGUGGACAAAAACAAGCCCCGGGAAACGCCAGCAAGACCUGUAAACAACAACAGCAGCUCGCAGUUAGCACCUGCAGGAGGAAACAACCAGAAAAAGCAGCAACCUCCGCCUGAUCUGAUACCUGACGUGGUGAAUGCUAAUGCUCCGGUGGCGGCAGCUCUCCCAGUGCCUGUCCCUGACACCACCAACACCGGCUCAGGCACAACUGGAGCCUCUGGUCCUGGACCCAAAGCAAAAACUGGGUCACGAUCCAGCCCCAAAACCGCAUCCCGCCUGCAGAAUGCACCCAAGCCUGGAGCAGCCGGUGCUGCUGUGGCGGAGCGGAUGGUCGCAGCUAAACAGAACCAGAGCAAAGAGCAGGCGGAGAAAAAGAACCAGGCCAUCAUCCAGCUGAGGAAGCUGCUCAUACAGGGCAACAAGAGAGUGGAGGCUCUGGCCACAGUCAUCCAGCAUCUCUUCUCUGAGCGCGAGGAGGCCUUGAAGCAGAAAAGAGGGUUGACGCAGGAGCUGGCAAACCUCCGAGAAGAGCUGGUUGCAUCAUCACAGUCCUGCGAGCGUCUGCAGAAGGGGAAGGAGGAGGUGCGCGUCAGCUUGGAGGAGGCCCUGAACAAACUGGAGGAGCAGCACAAGGAGGAGCUGGUGCAGCUGGAGGAAAGAUUGAGGAGUUUUUACCAAACAGAGUGGGACAAAGUGCACCAGACAUACCAGGAGGAGGCUGACAGAUACCGUCUGCUGAUGGAACAGCAGGUGGAGGAGCUGAGGAAUCAACAGGAAGCAGAGAGGAAGAACCAGGAAGUGAGUCACAGCCAGAAGAUCGAGUCUCUCAUCGUGCAGUACGAGGCCGCUACAGAAGAGCUGAAGAGGAUCCAGCAGCUGGACCUGGAGAACCUGAAGAAAACACUGACGGAGACAGAAACGUCUCUCUCUGAGAAAAUAUCUGAGCUGUCAGCAGAGAAGGAGGCUCUGAAUGAGAAGCUAAAGGCGGAGGAGGAGAGGAGGAAGCAGAUACUCACUGACAAGAAUCUGAAGGAUUCUCACACAGUGUACCUGGAGCAGGAGCUGGAGAGCCUUAAGGUGGUGCUGGAGAUCAAGAACAACCAGCUGCACCAGAAGGAGAAGAAGCUCAUGGAGAUGGACAAACUGUUGGAGACAAACGUGAAGCUGGAGGAGUGUCUGAAGAAGGUCCAACAGGAGAACGAGGACUACAAGGCGAGGAUGGAUAAACACGCCGCUAUCUCCAAGCAGCUGUCCAGCGAACAGGCCAAACUCCAGCAGACGCUGCAGAAAGAGUCAAAGGUCAACAAGCGUCUGUCCAUGGAGAACGAGGAGCUGCUGUGGAAGCUGCACAACGGUGACCUGCUGGCGAGUCCCCGCCGCCUCUCGCCCACCUCACCCUUCAACUCACCACGGAACUCUGCCUCCUUCCCCACAGCGGCGCCCCUAUCGCCCAGAUAACCCCGACAGCAAACCACAGCCCCUCCCCCUCCUCCUGCUUCUCCUCAUGACCUUUACAAGCCUUGCAGAUGUUCCAGCUACAGACUUCAGUCAGUGUUGGUGGAUAUUAACGAUGAACUUGUACAUUUGGAAUAAACUGCAUUGAAGACGCUUAUUUUGAAAGCAAAAAGACGUUGCAGUGGCACCGAUGCACUUAACUUAAGAGAGCGGGACUGGCCUUUCUCUCAACCAAACGCCUGGUUCUCCAACAAACCUUUCUUCUUUUUCUGAAGGAAACAUAAAUAAGAGGCACACCUCAGGGUCUGUACAUGGCGCCUCUCUCGUUAUGACUAUCUACCUGUUUUUUCUGAUAUGUUGUACAGUUUAAGUUCAGCUCGUCCUGUUUUUUUUUUUUUAACCGCUUUUUCUAAAGAGGUGGAUGAGAAAAACCUUGGAUUCGUAUAACGGUUUGUGAGAACAGUCUCAAGUUGUUUGGGUUUGGUGAAUCUUAAAGUGACGGGGACGGCACGGAUUCUUCUGCCUUUACCCGUCUUUUAAUGAGGAUAUUUUUUCCCCCAAAGAGCGAAACUCAAUCACGUGUCUGCUUUGGACCUCUGGAAGAAGUGGAUGAACUCGAUGUCCUUCUGUGGGCAGCAAAUAUUCAGUUUGUUCGUCUGAGGAACUGAGCUGAAAAACUGACAUGAACCUUUGAUCCGAUGGAUAUCUGUUCUUCCUUGUAAGCUCCUCACAACCUCUACCUUAAUCUACCAUGUGGAAUGUAAUCACCCUUGGAUGUUAAAUCUGAGCAGGCCAGUUCGGAGAGAAGAAACACAUCAUCUCAGAGCCAAAUGUGCAGAAGUGUGUCGGCAAGGACAGUGUUCAACCCCGUUUACUUUUUCCCUUAAAUAUCUCAUUAACAAAGGCGUACGACUCCCCGACGUCCUCUGAAGUCACCUUGUGCCCAAAAAGGAUCAAAGCUGAACUGAUCAGUUAAUACGUCUUUGCUUUGGGUCACAUUUAAAACCGCCAGUGAUCAUUUCCACAGGGAAAACCCCCAGACUCUCCUUACCUGACCGUUAACUGGCCUGUUUUAUUGAAUCCAAAAAAAAGUUU